AUGCCUUCCGAUAGCUCGGACGACGAUAUGCCUCUGGCGAAACCAAAGCACGUUUCUGCUGCCACCGUCACAGCUUCCGCUGAUCGAAAAAUGGAUAAAUCCAUCUCCAAGGCGCGCCCCGCGCCCCCGGGCCUCUCAAUUCGCAACGGCCCGAUCGACGAUCGUAUGGACAUCGAUUCCGGACCCAAUGGCACGAUCAAGCGCAAGUCCCGGAACUCGACUGGCCAGACAGUCAAGUACAAAGAAGAGUCGGAUAGCGAUGACGCCGCGCCUUUGGCCAAACGUCAAAAGUCGAAGCAUCUUCCUCCCUCCAUCAAGGACACAGCGACUCUCGAAUCGUCUGACGACGACCAACCUCUUGGAACCAAGAUCGCCCAGAGGAAGGCCGAUAUCGAGAAGGCCGCGGCCAAGGAGGCGAAGGCCAUUCGCGCCGAUGCCAAGGCGAAGAAGGCCACCCCCAGGAAGGCAAUCAAGGACGAGUCCGAUGACGAGCCUCUGGCGAAACCUAAGAAACGCCAGUCCAACGGUGUGACCUCUGCCAAGAAGGCUAAUGGCGUAAAGAAAGAGGACUCGGACUCGGACGCGCCCAUUUCGAAGAAGGCCAAGAAAGCAGCCCCUGUGACAAAGGGGAAGGCAGCUCAAGCGGCGAAGAACGGCAAAGGCGCGGCUAAGGCUGUGAAGGCCGAGUCCAAAGACAAUAGCGAAGGCGAAGAGGAGGAGGAGUACCGAUGGUGGGACGCCCCAAAGAAAGAGGACGACUCGGUCAAAUGGAAUACGCUGGAGCACAGCGGCGUACUUUUCCCUCCUGCCUACGAGCCGCUCCCGAAGAACGUCAAGCUUUACUAUGACGGCCAAGCGGUCAACAUGCACGUCGACGCAGAGGAGGUCGCAACUUUCUUUGGGUCUAUGCUUCACUCGACCCAAAACGUCGAGAACCCCGUCUUUCAGAAGAACUUUUUUGCGGACUUCAAGGACAUUCUAAAGAAGACGGGCGGUGCCAAAACUUCAGACGGCAAGGCCAUCGACAUCAAGGACUUCAAGAAGCUUGAUUUCACCAAGAUUUUUGAGCACUACAAGGCUCUCAGCGACGCCAAGAAAGCUCGUCCAGCUGCCGAGAAGAAAGCUGAGAAAGCGGAGAAGGACGAGGCAGAAGCGCCAUUCAUGUACUGCAAAUGGGAUGGCCGCAAAGAGAAGGUUGGCAACUUCCGCGUCGAACCCCCGGGCCUUUUCCGCGGCCGUGGUGAGCAUCCCAAGACUGGUACCGUCAAGAAGCGUGUCCUCCCCGAACAAGUCACUAUCAACAUUGGCAAGGAUGCGACGGUGCCGACUCCGCCUCCUGGACACAAAUGGAAGGCCGUUCAGCACGACAACAAGGCCACUUGGUUGGCCAUGUGGCAGGAGAACGUCAACGGGAACUACAAGUACGUGAUGCUGGCGGCCAACAGUACCGUCAAAGGUCAAGCCGAUUUCAAGAAGUUCGAGAAGGCACGCGAGCUCAAGAAGCACAUUGACCGCAUCCGCUCUGAUUACACCCGGGAGCUCAAGAGCGAGGUGAUGGCAGAUCGGCAGCGUGCCACUGCCAUGUACCUGAUCGACAAGUUCGCUCUGAGAGCUGGCAAUGAGAAGGACACGGAGAACGAGGCCGAGACUGUCGGUUGCUGCUCUUUGAAAUUUGAGCACGUCACGCUUCGAGAGCCCAGCACUGUCAUCUUUGAUUUCUUGGGUAAAGACAGUAUCCGUUUCUACAACGAGUUCUCCGUCGACCGCCAGGUCUUCAAGAAUCUCAAGAUGUUCAAGAAGGCACCCAAGGAGGACGGAGAUGACAUUUUCGACCGACUCAACACUUCUCAAUUAAACAAGCAUCUCUCGAGUUACAUGCAGGGACUGACGGCGAAGGUGUUUCGUACCUACAAUGCCUCCUGGACCAUGUCGCAGCUUCUUCAAAAGCUGAAGGUCGAAGACAGGACCAUCCCCGAGAAGAUCAAGCUCUACAACGAUUGCAAUCGCGAAGUCGCCAUUCUCUGCAACCACAAGCGGACUGUUGGUGCCGGCCAUGAAGCACAAAUGGAAAAGCUGGGUGACCGCAUCAAGGGCCUGAAGUAUCAAAAGUGGCGCAGCAAGAUGAUGAUGCUCGACUUGGACCCGAAGCUGAAGAAGAAGAAGGGCGCCGAGUUCUUCGAACUUGAUCCGGAGCUGGACCAAGAAUGGAUCGAGCAGCAUCAGCAGUUCCUUGCGAAGGAGUUGAAGGAGAAAAUUGAGAAGAAGUUUGAGAAGGACAACGAAAAGUUGGUGGCUGAAAAGAAGAGCAAGCUCCCAGCCAAGGAACUCAAGGAACGCCUGAAGGCUGUCUCGGAGCUCGAGGCCAAGCACAAAAAGGAGAACAGAACCAAGAAGGUCGAGGCUGACGGCAGGGGCGCUAGCGUCGAGAAGCUCACCACUGCGAUUGAAAAGCUGGAUGAUCGCAUCAGGACACUCGAGAUGCAGUCUGCAGACCGUGAGGGCAACAAGGAGGUUGCCCUGGGCACAUCCAAGAUCAACUACAUCGACCCCCGUCUCACCGUCGUCUUCUCCGCGAAGUUCGAGGUUCCGAUUGAGAAAUUCUUCUCCAAGACCCUCCGCGACAAGUUCAACUGGGCCAUCCAGUCUGUCGGAGACGACGAUACCUGGGAAUUCUAA